AUGAAACAGAUAUCCCAAAACCUAAGCGCAGUUGAAUCUGCCGUGGCACAGCUCUGUGCCGCACUGCGAGGUGAUGCACAAUCAGAAGCUGGACAGGCCCGUAUCAACACGGCAGCCAUCAACUUGAAGGACGACCUUGAAGUUAUGCGCGACUCCCAAUCGGCCAUUGAGAGCUCUGGUGAUGACACCAAGAAGAAGGCCCUCCAGGACUUGAUUGGCCCAUUUUCCAAAGGCCUUAGCCAAUUCGCAAAAAUCAUCACGAAUAUCUACGAGCGUGGAUCCCUUCCUGAUGCUAUUGCAUCAGACUUGAAGCCUGUUCUGGCCAAGUAUGAAGAGGUUCAAGAGUCUUAUGAGAAGCUUGCUACCGACAGCGGCCUGAAGAUUGAUUUGUAUAUGCCUGGAGUGUCAAAUGUACUGCCAGCAAAUGUGGAGGAGGCCUUUGGCAAGCUUGGCGGGCGAUAUCGGCCUGGUCUAUCUUGUAUUCCCGGCCCGCCUCUCGCAAAAUGGACAAAACUUUGGAGACUCUACGAUGUUUACAACGGUCAAUCUCAUCAGACGGCUAUAAGACUACACAAAAAGCACGGCCCGCUUGUUCGAAUUGCACCCCGCAUUAUAUCUGUUGGCGAUCCUGCAGCCAUCAAAACCAUCUAUGGAUUGACCGGCGCAUUUACCAAGUCAGCAUUCUACCCUAUUCAGAGUAUUUCUUGGAACAAGAAACCGCAAAUGAACCUCUUUUCAACACGGGACACGGUUUAUCACCGGGAACAGAAGAAAAAGGUCGCGCACGCUUACAGCUUGACCAGUCUUCUCGGAUCCGAGGAGGCAAUGGACUCCUGUACUCAACUCUUCACUUCACGCCUCGACGAAUGGGCCACGACAGAUAAGCCCAUUGAUCUAGGCGCGUGGCUUCAGUAUUACGCUUUCGACGUCGUUGGUGAAGUAACCUUCGCACAGAAGCUAGGGUUCUUGGAGACUGGCGCAGAUGUUGACGGCAUGAUGGAGACCAUUGAGGGUAUUCUCUUCUACGCAGCUCUGUGUGGGCAGGUGCCGGAGAUGCACCCACUUCUGCUGGGCAACCCCUUAUUUCCGUAUUUGAUUCCAGCCAUGGAGUCAUGGAAUGCCGUGUUGACCUUCACCCUAAAGGCCAUCAAUUCUCGGACAACUAUCCAGCGGGACGGCGAACUGGAGCUUAACGGCGACGGAGGCAGGGACUUUCUGUCAAAGUGGGCUGCAGUCAAGAAAAGGGAUCCGCUCAAGAUGAGUACCCGAGAUGUUAUUACACAUCUCUCAACCAACGUAUUUGCCGGCUCGGAUACUACCGCCAUCGCUCUCAGAGCAAUUGUUUACUUCCUCAUCAAACACCCAGAAAAUAUGAGAAGGGUUGUAGAAGAGAUCGACACAGCUGAUAAAAGCGGAAAGCUCAGCGACCCUAUCUCAUACAAGGAAUCCACUGGUCAUCUGCCAUACAUGGGAGCUGUGAUCAAAGAAGCGAUGCGGCUACAUCCCUCUGUCGGGCUUCUCAUGGAGCGGCAUGUCCCGCCCCAGGGCGCAGAGAUAUGCGGGCAGUUCAUCCCCGGAGGCACAGUCGUCGGCAUCAACCCAUGGGUUCUUCACUCGGACCCCAGAGUGUACAAGGAUCCUGAAUCCUUCAUUCCUGAGCGCUGGUUAACUGCAGACGCGGGGUUGCUCUCCAAGAUGGAAAAUAGUUUUUUGGCUUUUGGCGCAGGAUCGCGAACUUGUAUUGGAAAGUACAUUAGCCUGAUGGAAAUGCACAAGGUGAUGCCGCAAUUACUAAGGAGGUAUACUAUCAAGUUGGACGAUCCCAAGGCUGAGUGGCGAACAUCGAACCGCAUAAUUAUCGGUAUACUAACUAAAAACGACGUUGCAAUGUCUGGCGCUGAAGCUGCCCUCCUAGGAGUGGGCAUUCUCUGCAACGCGAUGCAAAUCCUCACCUUUGCCAAGGACUCCAUCCACGUGUAUCGCAAUAUCCGCGAUGGCCGAGCUCCUGACCUAAAACUCGACUCGUAUCUCAAAAAUGCGAAGACUUGCUUCAAUGAGAUGAACCAAACCGCCGCACAGAUUGGGCCACUGGGCCAGACUCAGCAGCAAAUUGUCGAUGUUGGCAAAAAGGUCCAUGACUGCGUGGAGGAGCUGCAGCAACAGUUCGUCACGCUUAAUGUUGACGAAUCUUCAAGAAAAGGGCUUCGUGGUAGAGUGGCUGCGUCGAAGAAAAGCGCAUUGGCACUUUGGCGUGGAAAGGAACUUGAAGAUGCCGAACACAACCUCCAGCGCCACGAACAGCUCUUGCACAGUCUCCUCUUGAACCAAGUUUGCAGCCAAUCCCAAGCCACCGAGAUCACCUCUUUAGAGACUUUCCAGCACCUCGAAGGGGCUUUGCGGAACAUCAUUUCACAGCUAGCACAUGGCUCCACAAAAGUCUCAGACCUGGGCACUGAUAUAUUUGCAAAACUAAGUUCCCGAGUGGCAGAUGAGCACGCAACGACGAGAACUAUUAUUGAACAUCAAACAUCUUCAUUGGAGACCACAAUCCGUGAGGGUACUUCUCAGUCGAUUGAUCAACUUCGUCAGGAACUGGUGGAUCGUGAGCAGGAUAAGGCUUUUGAGAAACAGUAUGAGCAACUUCUGUCGAGUCUACGGUUCCCAGAGAUGAACAGCCGAAGAAACCAUAUAUCAAAUAACUAUCCUGGAACAUUUAAUUGGAUGUUUGAUCAACACGACUCACCACAGUCGGAUCAUGGCUCGUCAUAUGAAUCUGAUCUGUCAGAAAUGGAUAGUCAAACAUCUCAAGAAGACACACAGACUAGUGAGAUGAAGGUCUUUCGCUGCCCAGAGGAUGUCGAGACUACUAAUGAGCUAGACUCAGAUUGUUUUCCAUGCUGGUUAGAAUCAGAGUUAAAUAUCUUCUGGGUCAGUGGUAAGCCAGCUUCAGGCAAGAGCUCUCUGAUGAAAUUUAUCGCUUCAAAACAUUUAACAAUGAAUCAUCUCAAAUCCUGGCGCUCGAAUGUACGAGUUCUUACUCAUUUCUUCUGGAAGCCCGGCCAGCUGUUACAAAGAAACGUGGAAGGCAUGGUUUUGUCGCUCCUCUAUCAAGUCCUAGGUUGCAGACUUGCACUUUGUCGAAAGUUGUGUGAAGCCCAGCCCUACGUGCGGCACAAGCGGAGUCACUCGGACUGGAGCCUCGAUGAGUUAACAGAGACUCUGGUUAGAGCACUGGAAGCUUCCCCCGAGGCCUUUUGCAUCUUCCUAGACGGUCUGGAUGAGGCCAAAGAGCUAGAAAAUCUGCCCUGGCCCGACUGGACCAAUGCUCAAGUCAUCCACAAACUCCUCGAAGUAAACAACGUCAAGCUUUGUGCAUCGAGCAGGGAGGAACAUGCAUUUUGCUCUUUUUUCAAGGGUGCAUUGCGGAUCAGGCUACAUGACUUGAACUGUCGAGAUAUCACUCUUUUCGUACGAAAACGACUCGUUAUCUCUGGGCUUCAUUGCCGCGAUCGGGAUGAACUUGUACAUGAGAUUGUAAAAAAGGCUGAAGGCGUGUUCCUUUGGGUCUCUAUUGUGUUGGAUCGCCUGAACCAGGCCAUACGGCACGACUAUACAACCAUCGAGAUACUUCGAGAACGCCUCGAACAGACUCCCUCAGAUUUGGCUACGCUCUACGCCGACAUGUGGGAUAGAAUCGGGGAUAAUGGCCGGCUGCCCAGUGUUCGAACGGCAUCAUCUCACUACUUCAGUCUGACGAUUCUUGCUCGAAAGAUGAAUGAAUAUCUAGAGCACGACAGCAAGACACUAGAUCAGCCUGGUUACAGCAUGUCUUCAUUACUUGUAAUGGCGACAGCUAUACAAGAUAACUCAAUGGAGGCAAUACUAAGCAUGAGUCGUAAUAUAACAGUCGAUGAACUCCUAGCUAGAUGUUCGAAAGCCGAGAACGAAGUGAAAGUCGUUUGUGGUGGCCUGCUUGAGGUGAUCAAUCACGGCCGAGACCCUCGGUACAUUCUAUGGAGGGGAGACAAGCGGCUCCGAGAUUAUAACUUCAAAGAAGUCAAUUUCAUCCACCGAAGUGUUUUUGAUUUUCUUAUGGAUACAGUCGCUGGCCAUGAUCUGUACGGGGCCUGCGAGUCUCCUGACGGGAAUAACACUUCCAGGUUACUUGCAGCCCAUCUUGUUAGAGCUCAAUUCAUAUAUCUCGAUCGUGGCCUCGACGUCGACCUCAAAUAUAUGUCAAUCGACAACAGAUGCAAGUAUCGAUCUUCCACGUCCAAUCCGUCUUUGCAAGUGGCUCUGGCUAUUGCUUUGGAUGGUCGCCUGGUGUCAAAUUUUUCAUUCCAGGACAGCUUGUUUGAUGCUAUUAAAGUAUGGCAGUUAUCCGGCUUACUUGCCGGUCACUUAUAUUGGUACUUCCCAAAGUGUUUCCGUUCGAGUGCAAACUACCUCGAGCUGGAACUUGUAGAAGCCAGCAUUUAUGUGGCUUUCUCCAAUGAGAAUAUGGAUCAGAAGAGGGCCAGCGCCAUCGUUAAGAGGCUACUUAGCAAAUAUGACACGCCUUGGCUGGUUGAUAGUCUUCCUGUCAUUCUUCGUGCGCUGUCCCGAGCUCGCAAACGCUUUUGGGACGGCAAGAGUCCAUUUGAGUCACUGGUCAAAUAUGUUCUUGAUCGCUUUCGAAGCGUAGACCGAGAUAGUGCUCACCUUGACGGCACAAUAAAGCAUGCUAUCCGCACUCUGCACUGUUGGUGUAUCAUUCACUACUUGGAGUUCGUAGCUCUUACCACUGCUUAUUCAACAAUAGAGCCAGAUUUGAAACUGUUAUAUGAGCUGAGGAAUACUCUGACACCCGAAGAAUGGGGUCAGCCGGUUUUGAUUGAGCUUGUAUAUAAGGAUAUAACUUCCGGUAGGCUCGACUCAGAACUUCCUGAUACCGGAUACUUGUUUGAGCCAAGACAGAGACCUGAAGAUUUCCUCUGUCGAGGCCAAUACGUCCUGGCUGUUGGGAACCUCGCAACCGCAUACCAGUUGGUAGAUACGAUGCUAUCAACGGAGUUUUCGCGAAUCCUCGACAUCCAGAUCCCGCAGGGUAUUACAUCGCGAAUGGAUAUAAUACUUCUUGCUGAGCUCUACCCUAGCCGCAAGAGUAUCUAUUAUUCACCAGGAGGGGGGUUUCAUAGCCAGAUCCGAAAACUGUUGAAAACAAUACCCGCGCUGGAACGUCGACAAUCUUGGCUAAAGUUGCUGAAAACUUCACGCGAAGAGCUAGGACGAAUCCAUAGUUCACAGGUUGUUGAUUACGUGGUACGCGAGUUAAGAGAAAGAGAUGUAGAUGUUAUUCUUGUUGCUGGUCUGAUGUCUUUAGCUGAUGUAUCUAGGCAAAUGGAUAAGGUCAAGGAAUAG